CAUUUGCACUUUUUUUUUAUUUGGCCACCUGUCGUGUCCAAAAUAUUUCAGGAAAUUUUUUAAUUAAAAAAUGGUUUUAAUAGAAAUUUUAUCUAUUAUCGGAGCUUUAUCUUUAGCUCGACUUUUUACUUUUAUUUUGACUCCUGUAGAAAAAGUUGAACCUAUUUUUGGUAUCUAUAAACAACCUGGAAAAUGGUACUGGGUAAAAUAUGUGGCUAUGUUUUUCAUUUUAAAAUCUCGAAAAAUAUUAGGUUACUUGGAUAUCAAAAGACAUCAUCGAACUGGAUAUGGAUUAAAAUCGCGAUCUUCACCAGAAGAAAUGGAGAUGCCUCAAACAUUGUCACCUGAACAUCCUAAAGCAGUUGAGGCAGUUUUCUUCAUCCUGUGUAGCAAAGAAGGUUUUUACAUGAUGUGCGGAUCUGAAAAAAGACAUAAUGGAAUUCACAACGGAUAUGUUUAUCUGUUAAUACCUGGAGUUGGAUUAUUAGGUAGUGAAAAAUUACCUAAUACUGUUUUACACGGAGGACAUCCCAAUAGUUAUGGAGCAGAAGGCAUAAAAAUUUCGUUAGUUAAACCAAUGAAAGAAUGGACAGUUGAAUUUGACGGCAAUAUGAAAUAUAUGUCAGGAGAAAAAUCUGAUUUUCUUAAAGUCAAAUUACAAGGUACUUGGAAAAGCGAUUUGCCAUAUUUUGAUUUUGACACCGAUUUAAAUACAAAACAAAUCUGUAAAGCUUUGGCUGUCGAAGAUUGGACUGAGGACUUUUUCCGAAACCUUCGAGAAGCCCACCAAACACACUAUGAGCAUAUGGGAAACAUGAAGGCAAAUUUGUCGAUUGAUGGAAAACAUUACGAAUUUGAGGGUUUAUCAUUUCGAGAUCACAGUUAUGGAUUUAAAAGAGAUUGGAAUUUGAUGCACAGAUACAUUUAUCAUAUACUUUUUAUGGAAAAUGGAAUGACUUUGUCGAUUGGCGUUUUAAGUCAACCUUGCACUACUUCAUGUUUAAAGACUGGCUACGUCUAUGAACCCGAUGGUACAUUGCAUAAUUUGCAGAAAUGUGAUUUAGAAUUAUAUCAGCAUGGCGAAAGAGGCAUACCAACAAGAGAUUACGCAUUUUCUUUUUCAGCAGGUGAUAAAAAUUACUGGAUACAGGUCGAGAUAGUGGAUGAAGCAGCACAUGUUGUUGGUGGAAACAGUGAGGAAGCUAGGAUGGUUGAACUUUUCGUAAAGGUGCGAGUGAAUGGUAAAAUCAACGGUAGAGGUAUUUGUGAAUAUAAUUAUAAUAAUGCAUAUUAUCAAAGGAUACAAGGAACCAGUUUAUAAACAGUUGCAUGAGAAGUUUAUUUUCUGCAAUUCAAAAAAUAACAAUGCAAUAAAAUUUAACUGAUACAUUCUGUUUUAAUAAGUAAA